CUCAUCUCAAUUACUAGGUAUAAUUUCCAUCGGCUUCAGAUCAUGUCAUUCACAUCAGGCACCGUUUCCAGCAAAGAGUCUCGAGUGCGCCUUCGGGAUCUCUUGCCCAAAUUGCACCUGGGGUACUGGAAACCCGGCCCCUUAAAUUCCCUGACUGAUGUCCCCGGGGUUCUCGUUCACACCCAAGAAAUUUUCGCCGACAAUGGUGCCGUAAACACGGGCGUUACAAGCAUCUUGCCUCGGAAAGGAUGGUUCAAUAACGCCUGUUAUGCUGGCAUAUUCAGUUUCAAUGGGUCUGGUGAGAUGACUGGGAGUCAUUGGAUCAACGAGACAGGUCUGUUGCACUCCCCUAUAGUUAUCACCAAUUCGUUUUCAGUUGGUGCUGCAUACCAGGGGAUCUAUGAAUACACCAUCAAGGCUCAGGGCGUGGAAAAAGGGAACGUCGACUGGUUUCUCUUGCCCGUCGUUGCCGAGACUUUCGACGGAUAUCUGAACGAUCUCACACAAUUUGUGGUGAGGCCCGAACAUAUCAUCAAUGGACUUGAGAAUGCAUCGAGUGACCGAGUAAGGGAAGGGAACGUUGGAGGUGGGACCGGAAUGAUUUGCCACUAUUUCAAAGGCGGCACUGGCAGUAGCAGUCGAAUUGUCGAGGGACUCGAUUGUAAAGGAGAUCCCAAGAAUUAUACCGUCGGCGUGCUGGUACAGGCCAACUAUGGCAGACCACAGCAUUUCCGCAUCGCAGGCGUACCGGUGGGGAGAAUCCUGGCGCAGGAGGCUGACGAGGCGGCUCAAAGCAACCCAGCUAUCAAAAUGGCUCGAGAGGCGCUCGAUAAAGAGAAGAACCGGAAAGAUGGAAGUAUUAUCGUCAUCAUCGCUACAGAUGCGCCUCUACACCCCACGCAACUCCAGAGGUUGGCCAAACGAGCAACGGUGGGCCUGUCUAGAGUUGGAGGCUACGGUCAUAACCCAUCAGGUGAUAUCUUUUUGGCAUUUUCGACUGGCAACGAAAUUCCAGUGCAGUCGGUAUCCAUGGAGCGAAGGGCAGUCGAUCCGUUUAAGCCUACGCCUCUCACCGUUGAAGUAGUUGAUGACACUUCAAUCAAUGGACUAUUCGAGGCAGCAGCAGAUGCGACGGAAGAGUCGAUAUACAACGCGCUAUGCAUGGCAGAAACUAUGGUAGGGAACCGAGACCAUAAAAUUGAGGCAUUGCCACUGGAGAGGGUUCGAGAGAUUAUGGAGAGAUAUGCUUGAAGAUGAAAGACGACGGAUCUUUUCGGGUGCACAUUUUGUACGUGUUGAAUUUACAUAUCAAUUUACAUAUCAACA